AUGCCGGGAGAUGGGAUUAAGACGAAGCGAAAACUUGCAACGGAGACGGUGACGGGUAGUUUUGCGAAACCUUCUUCUGAGAAGAAGGAUUACGCCAGUCAAAGGGAUAUGAGCAAACAGGUUGUGAACAGUUCUGAAACCGUUACUCCUGGACCCAAUGAAGGUACGGGAGUUGUAGGAAUCAGCCCCGAAAAUGAGCCGCAGAAUGGCCCAUCGCAAGCCCCUGCCGCGAUGGCCAGGCUUCCCCGAUCACUUUCUAACGACAACAAAACACUUCCCUCCGAAGAAGCUCAACCAAAUGAUUUUGAGAGGACCAAAGUUGGGAUCUGCAAGCUCAGCAGCACCCCGGUGCAAGCCAACUCCACCCUCCGGAGGGAAUCUGUGGAAACCUUUCCGUGCAAGCAUACCCCUGGGGCAGGGGCCGCCGGGCAAGCUCCUAUCCCUCACUGCAAAAUUCCCGCUUUGCAAAGCACAGACGGAGACGCUAAUCUAAACCUUGGUAAGAGCACACUGGAGCAAAACAACGCCAAAGGCGCCUGGGUGACCUUGAGCCAGAGUACCGUGGUACUGGGCACAGAUGGGAACACUUCUGUUCUUCCUGGCAGAGUGGAGGGGGAAGACGAUGUAGGGGAUGAAAAUAAAGCCCGAGGGAACUGGUCUAGCAAGCUGGAUUUCAUCCUCUCCAUGGUGGGUUAUGCAGUGGGGCUGGGCAAUGUCUGGAGGUUCCCGUACCUGGCCUUUAAGAAUGGGGGAGGUGCUUUUCUCAUCCCUUAUUUGAUGAUGUUGGCUCUAGCUGGGAUCCCAAUUUUCUUCCUGGAAGUCUCCCUGGGGCAGUUUGCUAGUCAGGGACCCGUGUCGGUCUGGAAAGCCAUCCCCGCCUUGCAAGGCUGUGGCAUUGCAAUGCUGAUCAUCUCGGUUCUAAUAGCCAUAUAUUACAAUAUUAUUCUGUGCUACACACUUUUCUACCUUUUUGCGUCCUUUGUACCUGUGCUACCUUGGGCUUCCUGUAACAACCCGUGGAACACGCCAGACUGUAAAGAUAAAAACAAACUUUUGUUAGAUUCUUGCAUUAUUGGUGACCACCCAAAAAUACAAAUCAAGAACUCUACUUUCUGUAUGAGUGCCUAUCCAAACUUGACUAUGGUUAACUUCACCAGUGAGGGAAACAAAACGUUUGUCAGUGGAAGCGAAGAAUACUUCAAGUACUUUGUAUUGAAGAUUUCGGCAGGGAUUGAGUAUCCUGGUGAGAUUAGAUGGCCCUUGGCACUAUCUCUUUUCCUAGCUUGGGUGAUUGUUUAUGCCUCCCUUGCUAAAGGAAUCAAGUCAUCCGGAAAAGUGGUGUAUUUUACAGCUACGUUCCCCUACGUGGUUCUCAUCAUCCUUCUUAUAAGAGGAGUAACUCUGCCUGGAGCUGGCGCUGGAAUCUGGUACUUCAUCACGCCAAAGUGGGAGAAGUUAAUUGACGCUAUGGUUUGGAAGGAUGCUGCCACUCAGAUUUUCUUCUCCUUGUCCGCAGCAUGGGGAGGUCUAAUUACUCUCUCUUCUUACAACAAAUUCCAUAAUAAUUGCUACAGGGACACAUUGAUAGUCACGUGUACCAACAGUGCCACAAGUAUAUUUGCAGGCUUUGUCAUCUUCUCGGUUAUUGGCUUCAUGGCAAAUGAGCUCAAAGUGAAUAUCGAAGCUGUGGCAGACCAAGGUCCUGGAAUUGCUUUCGUGGUUUACCCAGAAGCCCUAACUCGGCUUCCCCUCUCUCCGUUCUGGGCUAUAAUAUUCUUUCUGAUGCUUCUGACACUUGGAUUGGACACUAUGUUUGCCACCAUCGAGACUAUAGUGACCUCCGUUUCGGAUGAGUUCCCCAAAUACUUACGUACGCACAAGGCACUGUUCACUCUUGGGUGCUGCAUCUCCUUUUUCAUCAUGGGAUUUCCUAUGAUCACUCAGGGUGGAAUGUAUAUGUUACAGCUUGUGGACACUUACGCAGCUUCUUAUUCUCUUGUCAUCAUUGCCAUCUUUGAGCUUGUUGGAGUUUCCUAUAUAUAUGGAUUGCAAAGAUUUUGUGAAGAUAUAGAAAUGAUGAUUGGAUUCCAGCCAAGUAAAUUCUGGAGAGUCUGUUGGGCAUUCGUGACACCAACUAUUUUAACAUUUAUUCUUUGCUUCAGUUUUUACCAGUGGGAACCAAUGACUUACGGAGCUUACCACUAUCCAGGCUGGUCCAUGGUGCUUGGAUGGUUGAUGCUGGCCUGCUCAGUUAUCUGGAUCCCAGUUAUGUUUGUGAUAAAAAUGCAUCUAGCCCCAGGCAAAUUUAUUGAGCGACUCAAGUUGGUGUGCUCUCCACAGCCUGACUGGGGUCCGUUUUUGGCCAAGCACCGUGGUGAACGUUACAUGAAUAUGAUUGAUCCACUGGGAACCUCUUCCCUGGGACUUAAACUGCCAGUGAAGGAUAUAGAACUGGGGACCCAAUGCUAAUGAUUAUUACGUGGGUGGCAAUAACAUUGUCAGCCUUUUCUGAUAUUUCUUUUCAUUUUGCUUCCCCGCCGUUUCUUCGUUUCCUUUCUGCAGUGCCUGAAAGUGGUUGCUUAGGGAAGUAGGACUUACUGUUGCAUGCCAUAGGGAAGACCUAGCUAGACCACUUCCAGGUGUAGGUGAUGCCCAUGACAUGUUCUGUACCCGCUGAAACAGCAAAAGCAUAUCGUGCAACAGGUGACAUACCAGGUUUUGCCAGGUGGCGUAGGAAUAAACAAAACACAAUGGAAAAAUCCUUUGAAGGAACUUCUGUGCGGAAUUUGAGCUGUUUCACACGAGCGUCCUUGUAACCGGCAGCUAUGAUGGGAUUAGGAUUUCGUUAGUGCUGUAAUCGAAGGGGAGUUCAGCCCUCAGAUGGGGUGGAAGUAAGCAAAGAAGGGGAUCUCCUGUAGUCCUGGCAUAAAUCCAGCAUAAGGCUCUUGCAGCAAGCAGGGUCGCUUUGUCUACGCUGACAGCAGACCUUGACCCGUUGUGUCUGCGCGCUUCUUUUAUGAGUAUGAAUUAUACUAACUUUGAGGACUUGUUACCUAAACAAGCAGAGACCCUUUAAACGGCACACCAGGAAGCAACACGUGAGAUCGGAACAGAAAGACAGUAAUGCGUUUGAUCUUUUCAAGUAGAAAAAGAAAAGCAAAAAUUAAAGAACUAAUCAUUUGAGACUGGGACUAAACUGCGUUUGAGUCUAGAAGUAGUUUGGAAAUGGUGCCAGGCUGAGGUGUAUGGGCAUCACUGUUUAAAGUACUGUCAUAUGUUUCUUUUGAUAAUUUGAUACCUGUCAUUUAAAUUAAAAAUGCCUCAGUUAUAGGGAGUGUCUGAAACCUUGCUCCACACUAAGUGCAGCUGUGGCUUUAUUCGCUUCACUCCAAUACUCUGAACAUGGUUUUCCUUGUUUCUCUGCUUUUGUUUACAGUAUCUCCUCAAGAAGCCAUCAUAUAAUUUGUGCCUAACUUUGUAUUCUUACAGUGGUAAGUGUAGUCUAGUUACCACCUGACAACAGUUAUUAGAAGCUAGAUGUGUUGUUCAACUUUGUGACUCCCCAUUCAUUCUCCUAUAAACAUCUUUAUAUAACCUUUAGAUGAUGUAUUCUUCUCUUUCAACCAAUGGGGAAAUAGCAGAACCCCACUUGUCUAUAUAUUAUAUAUAUAGCACGGAAAUUCUUCAAAGCAGUGUUCUCUCUGAAAUGUACAUAGGGGUUGUUUUUGGUUUUGUGGUUUUUUUUUUUUUUUUUUUUUUUGUGCAUUUAAAUCAUUUCCAUUAAAUAAAAAAAAACCCAAAACCGCAACAAUUAACCACUGCAGUCAUCCACACGGAUGCAACGUUAGAUAUACAAAACGCGAGGGUUGCGGGGAGAGGGCAAUUUGGUAGAUGGCCGUUAUAACAUUGCGUAGCAAUAGGACAUUCUAAAUCAUUACAUUUUAGAAAUCGGAUAUAAGUGGUGAUAUGAAUUCUAGACUUACAUAGUUUUGUUACCUAUUGGGCAGAGUAAAAAUAGAGCUUUUUAAUAAGAGUACAUUUAUUUACCUGAAUAGAAAAUUAGCCCGACUUACUGUAAAUGCACUAGAAUGAGGGAGAAAAAUAUAUCUUCAAUAAUUGGCAAAACUGUAACCUUUACUCUCUUGUUAUAUCCUAUACAUACAUAUAUGAUAUUUUUUAACAGUGACCAGUGUUCAUGUAGUGUGUACUAGUGAUGUUUUAUGUCCCUAUAAAUAUCUUAUCAAUCAGUGUAGAGAUGGUGAGCUUAGAGUAGUUUAGCCUGUUUUUUCCCUCCCCACACACACUACUGUAGUAGCCAGUAAAUGUUCUUUCCUUUCAGGGGACGGUUUCUCGCCCCUUCUUUUGUCUGUCUGUCUUCAUAUUACAGGGUCUCAGGUAAACCUUCAGUUAAUGCGUGUCCGUAGAUCAGUAGAUGUGUUGUUUCAUCCUGUCGAAGAAAACAAAACAAAACCUAAACCUUAAUGUGACACUUCCACAAACUGUUAACUUAUUUUCAAUCUCUGUGUGUGUGUGCGUAUAUAUAUAUGUAUAUUAAAUAUAUUAAUCAUUUUGCUGAACGUCCUCUUUCACGGGGCAAUUAGUGUUGCCAGUUCUAGGCACUGCUGGAGACCUUUAAUCCUCACGCAGGACAAGCGAAGCGCCAUCAGGGGUUGUCACUGAGCGAAGCGAGGGCAGAUUUUGCAACAUUUUGUGCUGGCCCCUGUGAAUCCCCACUCCACGGGCUCUGUCGGUCCCCGUCUCGCAGGGACCCUUCCGUGAGCUUCUCUGCCUUAAAGCUGUGCCCCCUUCUUUCAGCUUCGCCCGCUAUUCCAAUAAGGGGCUUGCUAUUCUUACUUCUGGCUUUUAUUUUCCUGGCAGAGGCAGGUUUGAGAAGCCGUGCUCUGUUUGAUGUGACGAAGGUCCGUAAAGACGAGCUGGAAAUUUGGCCGCCACAUCUACAUGGGGCUGAGGGGCCUUUCUCUGGGUGAAGAAAGGAACCGAAGUCAGCACCUCUAGUGGGAAUUAGGUAUUUUUGUCAGGAGAAAUGGCUUUAGGCCUCUCUUUACCAAUAUUACUUAGCAUCUUGGUUUGAUUUUUGGAGUCCAGGCCAGUUUUAAUU